AUGGGACAGCAUGGAAAGGACAGACGUGGUGGUGCUCGUGGCCAAGGCCAGUCUCGCGAUGUGCAGGUCUCCAAAGCUCUGAGCUUGCUGUUGCGGCACGCAGCCGAAAAGGAAGGGGUGAAGAUGAACGCUCAAGGCUACGCAAAUGUGGCAGACGUGCUUGAAUGGCGAAAGCUCAAGUCGAUCAAAGCUACCUUCGAUGAAAUCAAGCACGCCGUACACUCGUCUGACAAGAAACGCUUUGCGCUGCUCCACAUUCCCUCCGCACAACCGACCGAAUCGACAACGAAGGCUACUACAAACCCUACAACUACACCCGGGAUAGAGGAACAAGGGGAUGGGGAGAUUGCAGCAGGCGGCGACCAGCCCUCCACGGUGGUGCUUGAGGCCCCAUCCAGCAACGAAGACCAGGCCAACGCGACACAGCAGGCCCUGUCUGCAACAGAUGCCGAUCCAACCAAUUACAUGAUCCGUGCGACCCAGGGCCACACCAUCCAGAGCGUUGAUGCUGCCUCAUUCUUAGAACCUCUUUCGCUCGCUGACGAGUCGAAGCUCCCAGAUACAGUUGUGCACGGUACAUUCCACGGUGCAUGGCCGCUCAUCUUACAAUCCGGUGGGCUCCGAAAUAUGGGGCGCCACCACGUCCACUUCGCAACAGGUCCAUCUCUCGAAUCUGUCCUCGCUGCUCAGGAUAAGAUGGCGCAAGACCAAGGGGCAGCCCGGGACGAGAGACAGGUCAUCUCGGGCAUGCGACGAGAUGCGCAGGUUCUGAUCUACCUGGAUAUCAAGAAGGCGCUCGCCGCUGGAUGCCCACUCUGGCGCAGUGAGAACGGGGUUAUUCUCAGCGAGGGAGUACCUGUCCUGAACGGCAAGACCGAUGCCGAUGGCAACCCGGAGAAGGUGGUUUCGGCUGAUUUCUUCGAUGUUGUGGUUGAGCGCAAAUUUGGCUUGGGGAAGAUCUGGGAACGCGGAGAAGUGCUGAAGGAACUCCCGGAGAACUUGACGAAGAAGGGGACGCCGAAGAAUCGGCGGUGA